CGUACCGCGCAAUCAGUGAUCGGUGCGCUGCGCACGCGAGAGGACGAACGCGCUCCAAGCUACGUCGAUUUAAUCCGGAUACCCGUCUCGCACGCUAACAACGCCCUGCGCCUCGCAGCUGCAUUGUCAACAAACUAUCAUCUGUGUCGGAUUCAGGCUGUCUCUCCCAUGUUUGUGAGCAUGGCUCAGGAAGGCGAGUUGGACGCCGGAUUCUUUUCUUUAGCGCUCGGCGGCCAGGACGUGGCGUCCGUCAGCCUCACGCCGAUGGACACCAAGGGUUCGAGCUUCUGCGGGCAGCUGACACGCGCGACGGUGGUGCUGGGCGACGGCGCGGAGCUGCGGCUGGUGGUGAAGCGGCCGCCGGAGGACGCGCAGGUGGCGUCCGCGCUGUCCGCCAUGGGGAUGUUCUCGCGCGAGCGGCUGGUGUACCAGGAGGUGCUGAGCUGCGGCCGCGCCGCCGGCGUGGGCCCGCUGCUGCUGGGCACGGCGGGCGACACCUUGCUGCUGCAGGACCUGGCCGUCGGCGGCUUCCGCGCCGCCCCCGCCGGCCUGCUGGACGCGCAGCACGCGGCCGCCGCACUCCGCGCACUCGCGCGCCUGCACGCCGCCUCGCUCGCCGUCGAGGCCGGCCUGCCCGGCUCCCUCGGCCGCUACUCCGAGGUCCUGUUCACCGAAGCCAGCCGCGAAUACGUGCAGCACUUCGUGCAGCCCAACUGGCGCGCAGUCGUCGACGUGGUGGCCACGUGGGACGGCUACCAGAAGUUCGCCGACAAGCUGCGCGCUAUGGAGCCCGCCGUCAUUGACAGAGCAAUUGAAAUCGUCAAGCCAAAAGAUGAUGAACUGAACGUGUUAACUCACGGGGACUUCUGGAAAAACAAUAUACUGUUCCGGUACGACCCCAGUUCCGGAGAUGUAAUCGACGCACGAGUGGUGGACUACCAGCUAAGUAGAUUCUCCUCUCCGUCUCUGGACCUGAAUUAUUUUUUCCACACCAGUGUAGAGAACACGGUGCGCCGCGGCCACAUGCCGGCCCUGGUUGCGGAAUACGUGGACACGCUGAACAAGCAGCUGGAGACGUACGAAGUGCAGCGGCGGGUGACGGUGGAAGAGGUAGAGCGGCAAAUGGGGGAUCGGCUGGAGUUUGCACUCCUGGCGGCCUGCACCGACCUGCGCGCCGCCAUGAGCGCGCCAGCUGACACAGUCGAGCUCUCGCAGCUUGCAUCCUCUGGCGACUCCCUCACCAGCCUCUACCACUGCGAGAGCUUCAAAGACGUCUUCUCUUUGAUGCUACUGGAGUUUGAACAGAAAGGCCUCUUGUAAACAUUCAGAAACUGUAUUAUUUUAAAACUAAUACGUAGAUAAGAAAUGAGAAAGAGAAACAUUGAAAAUAUUUAAACUAAAUCGAAGAACUAAAAAAAUUAAGAGACACACUUAUGACUACAAGUUCAAUAUGAAAAUUGUAAUCUUGUGAUCGAACGUUAAGACAUUCAAAGUCUACACUGUAACAGAGGUUUUAUAUCCAACUUGUUGCACUGGUGCUGGUUAAGUGAAUACUGACAGUGGCUUAUUCAGGUCCUGAACAAUUCUGAUAACCAAUUUAAUGUUAUAGGACAAUGAAAGUUAUGGAACUAAGAGUUGAAUGUGAAGGGUACACAGUCAGUACUGGAGACAAGAGAAGGGAUGUUAGGAUCUCUAAAAUUAAAAUUAAAAUAUCAGGUGAGGGUUACAUCUAUUUCACUGUUACCCAUCAAACAAAAUCACUAUCUGCCAGUAGUAAUUUAGUGAUAUUGCCCUCACUUUGUCAAUUCAAUAGGUAUCUCAUUCUCUGGGUGAUUGGGCUGACAGGUGGGGCAUGAAAUGGAAUUAGCUUAGUUCUGCAAUGAUUCAUGGUGCAGCAGAAUGCAGUUGAUGUGGUAUGAGAGACCUGAAGUGAAGUGACACCUGUUCACUGGUCUACAAUAGACACUACGACAAUCUUCUAACAUCAACACUGUAAAGCGAAAUGCUACAAUUUCUCUACAAGAUUGUGCCACGCAGAUUUUUUGCUACAGUCAGACAGCAGACAACAAAGAUGUGCAACAUCUGUUGGCAGACGUUCACAUCAGGUUCAACAAUAACAAAAUAACGGCAGUCUGUCAGAAAAUUACAUAACUACCUUAUCACAUACAUCUCUUUCCAUUGCAGCAAAUAGUUUCAGUAUGUCCCAAAGUGAAAAUAAAGAUCUAAAUUCCUUAAAUAUCUCCAUAGACCAGCUUUACUUAUGAAGUACAGUCAGUGUGUGAAAAGAGAGAUCAUUACUCUCCCCAGCGUUGUCGGUAGAUGUGAUUGUCUUUUAAAUGGAAGAGGAGUGUACUAAAUGGUUGUACAUGGUUAUUCAGGGUUGUAGCAGUUGAUGAACCCAGGGAAUGACACCUGUAGAUCCACUAUAUUUGGCAAGGCAUCAUUUUGAAAUUUUGCAGUGGGCGACAUGCUGUGGCCUAAAACAUGAUGCAGUCACCGCAACUCUCUCGUAUCUCACACAUAUCCACUGUCCGUUUUGAAUUCUCCAGCAACAGUCAAUUUGAUUGGAUCUUCCUCAAAAUUGCUAAGACUUUCAAACCACAUUGUUAAUAUGCUCCCACAAGAACAUUAACACUGGGCCAUGUCUGAAGAUACCAAAAUACUGUGUCUAUGAAAGGAAUAAUUUGAGAGUGAUUUCUGAGUUUCACAUUGUUACUUGUUUACCAGUGAUACUACUGUAUGAAAAAUGUUAAUGGUAGUAUGCACCUACAUGCAUUAUAAGAAUUUUACAUUAGCUGUAUAUUAGCUCACAAACAAAAUUGCAUUUCAUACUAUGUCAGGCAGACAAGCAGGUUUUCAAAAUUAUGUAUGUGGAACAUAAAAGAGCACUGUAAAGUGAACGCUCCCUUUUGUCACUUAAAGAGUCUCUUAUGGAUAAUAAGAGCAGAAUUCUUUCACAUAAAUAAGCUACUCAGGAGGGCUUCCCUAUACAAAAUAGAUUUAGUUUGAAGAUUGAAACUAGUACAUGCUUCUCAGCCAAAUGCAACGGAAAUGUUGUCCUUAUUUUGUUACAAAUGAAACGAACAACACAAAACCAAAAUUGAAGUGUAUCAUAACUGUGUCCCCCCUUCCCAACUGUAUUGUUAAGGAACUGUCGCUUGUUGGUAUAUAUAUUUUUAAAUUCCUACAUUCUCAAAACAACUUGUAUGAAAAUAGUCACUUUUUCAAAUAAAUUUUUUGGGAAAUAUCUUCUGUACGAAAUUUAUUUGUAUAUCUUAAAGUAUCUACUUUACCAAAACAAGUCAAAUCUGAUUAUCCAAGU